GAGGCGCGCGCGCGUUCUCUCUCUCUCUCAUUCUCCUCCGCCUCAGUCUUCUCUCCUAAAGGAGAGAGCUGCAGGAAAGCGCGGGCUGGAGGAGAUGAGGCGCCCCGGGUAACGGAAGAACAACAUCCUUUCGGGAAAGAAAAACAACAACAACAAACCACUAAUUGCAGAAAGGAAAGAGCAGCACAGCUUUCGCGUAGGUAAUAAAACCAUCAAAAUGCGAGCAGCAAAAGUGAAAACAAAAACGAAAGAUUACUCACCUCCUGGAUCAAAAAAAAGAGGAAGAGCAAAAUUUGAACCUGAGACAAUGGUUUUAAUGCCUGCAGUUCCUGCAGAAUCUGUUACACAGUACUCCCUAUCUCUGCCAUCAGCCAAUAAAGACAGAAUGCUGGAUGAGAUGGAUAUGCUUAGGAACAUCACGGAGAAUCUAAAUAAGAUUGUAAGUACCAUGGAAGGCACUUAUACAAAGGAUGAUGAAAUAGAAGAAGAGGGAGAAUAUGAGGAAGAAGAAGAACCUGCAGCACCUAAGGAAGAACAUGAAGAUAUGACCUCUUUCCUGAUUUGUUGUUCUCAUCUCAGGAACCAAUUAGAGAAAGCACUUUAUGAAGAAAAACAAAUAUUAGAAUCAUUGCUUAAGUGGUUUGAAAAGGAAGUCCAUGAGAUGGAAGAGAUGGGCGAGGAGCAACUUAUUCCAGACUGGCAAAUUCCCUUAGCUGAUAAAAACAUAACAGAUAACAUUAGUAAAUUAUUGAACCGCAUCCAAAGGCUUGAGGAGUUGAAGGGCCGUAUUCAAGAACUGCCCAAGCUUAUCCAGCUGUCUGCACCAAAACAGGAGAAGAAAAGACCAAUAACCCCAGUAGCACCUGCUCAAAAAGAUCCAAGAAAUAUUAUUGAAGAGCUUGCUAUGAAACAUGCAACUGAAGAUGUGAUGAACAUGGUGCAGGUUUUCCAGGACGAUGCAGGACAACCACAAACAAUUGAAACAAUGAACAACCGCAUGAUAGAAAUAAUGAAAGUCUUUGAAAGGCAAACAAAUAAAUUACACAGAGUUGCAAAUGAACAGGAUGUGCUGGAAGGUAAAUUACAGAAGAUUCAGCAAGAAUUUCGAAAGCUAGCAGAAGAAAAAGAAAUAAUGGAGGAUGAACUUCAGAAGAUGAAAGGUUCAGAGCUCCCAGAAAAGGUAGGACCAGAUGCAAGGAAAAAAAUCCUGCAGAAAGUGGAGAAAGCGAAAGGUGAAGAGAAACCAUCCUCUGUACCUGCAGAAAAGGUGCAACCUUUUGCCGGAAGACAAAAAGAACAUCACAAGAUGAAGGAAGAUUUAGCUAAAGCUCAGGCAAAUAUCCAGUCACUUGAAAAUGAGAAGAAAAUGCUUGAAGAGAAACUAAAGAAGGCAUUAGAGGAGGCUGAGAUGGCGAAGAGUCAACUUGCUGAAAUUCCUCCAACUAUUCCAGACUGGCAGUUCCCUUAUACAACAGUUGUAGAAGAUGAUAAAGAUAUUCCAAAGAAAGGCAAAAAGAUGAAAUCUAAAGGAAGAGGAGAAGACCGAACAGAUUUAAAACAGUUGUCUGGUAGUGGACUUGACAGAGCAGGACAUAAAUUGCAAAGAGAUACAGGAAAAGCAGGUGAAGCCCAGGACCUUUCCACAGCACCUGAAUUAAAAGAUGUCAAACAGAAGAAAAAAUUGAGUGGUGCUCAAGAGAAAGAACUUCCAAAACAGGUUUCUCAGUCAGAAAUCACAUCACGUGACAAAAAGGAAGAAUCAAAGAAAAUGAAAGUCAAGACAGAGGGAAAAUCAGAGACAGUUGAUUCUAAAGGUGCGGCAAAAUCUAAGGAGACUGCAGAAAUUAAGAGAGGACGUUCAAUAAUAAAAGGGACAGGGAAAGAAAUCCCACCUCCUAUUCAAGAAAAAGAGCAAUUACCUGAUUCCACAGAAAUUAAGAAAAUGUUGCCAGUCACUUUAGAUACAUCUCCAGAAGAAACACUUCCACCUGACUCUAAAAGAAGAAAAACAGAAAUUAUGAUGUCCCCUGAAUUUGAUACCAAAGAAGAAAAAGAGGAUUCACUCAGCAGUGAGCAGAAACCACUUCCAAAAUUUCAAGUAGAAGAGUCAGCUGAACUUGAAAAAAUUAUGGGAGUGUCUGAAACAGGACCGGAAGUUGGUAUAGUAGUGACACCGGAACCCACUGAUACCAUGGAAGGGAUACCAGCAGUUCUUACUUCAGGAAAGAUUUUAACAGAAGAAGGAAUUCCAGGAGUUCCCAUAGAUGUAAGAUAUGGAGAUGUUGAAACUAAGGAUAGGAUCAAUAAAACAAUGCUUCAGCUUGCAAAUAAUUUGAAAGAAUUAGAAGGGAUGCCUGAGGCAGAAACAUUGGCUAAACUCUUGUUAGAGCCUGGCAAAAGCAUGGAUGAAUUAUCAGAUCGACAAAAACUUCAGUUACUGCAGACACUAAAUGAACUGGUAACUCCAGAUGAAAUACAGCAAACUGGUAAAGAAGAAGAAGAACAGAAAGAGAAGAAAAGAAAGUUGUUUGAAAAUGUUGCAUCAAAUCUACACCAUCUGCAACAAAUACAGGUUCCUGAAGCUGGCCAGUCAGAGGAAGAAAUUAAUGAAAUGAGAAAGAAAAGAAGAUUCUUACUUGGAAAUCUAGAAUCAAUCUUAGAAGAUGUUGAACAACCAAAGUCUGCUGUUGAACCUACUCAGGAAGACUUUGACAGAGAAAUUAAUAAGCUGUCAGAAGAAAGAAGCCUAUUACUUGCAAGCUUGGAAUCAAACAUGAAAGAUUUGGAACAAGCCCAGGCUCUUGCAACUGCUCAGCCAUCAGAAGGGAAUGAAAACAAAAUAAAGGAGCUGCUAAAGCAAAGAGAACUGCUGGCUGCAAACCUAGAAACAAAUCUGCAUGAUCUACAAAGACUAAAAUCUUUUGAAAUUGGAUUAACGGAAAAAGAUAGGCAUGGGGACAAAUUGGAGGAACUAACUAAGCAAAGAAAGCAUUUGGCUGAAGAGCUGAAGGCAGCUGUGACUGAUAUACAAGAAAUGCGUCGUCCUUCACAAAGAUCUUUAUUUGCAAGACCCAGUGAAUUGGAAGUGUAUCAAAUGUAUAAGCUAUCUGAAAAGAAACAACAGUUACUAGAAAAGUUGAAAUCUAAUCAGAAAGAACUACAAGAAGCUCAGGAACUUGCAGCUACCCAGCCAGGGAGUGUUAAUGAACAAAAGCUGCAAGAGCUGGCUGACCAAAAUAAAUACUUGACUGCAGAACUUGAAUCAACUUUGGAAGAAAUGCAAAGAACUGUAUUUCUACAACCUGUUGAAAGAGAGAUAGAUGAACUGUCUUCAAGGAAGCAAGAUUUGUUGGAAAAGCUGGAAUCUAAUCGGAAAGAGCUACAGGAAGCUCAGGAACUUGCAGUUAUAAAACCGGGCAGCAUCAGUGAGCAUAAGCUGCAGGAGCUUAUGAAGCAAAGAAGACAUUUGACUGCUGAUCUAGAGACAACUAUGUAUGAGUUACAAAAAGCACGGGAUUUUGCUUCAGAAGGAGUUGCAAUCAUACGACCCUCUGGAAGACAAUUAUAUGAGUUAUCUUCAAAAAAGCAAGAAUUACUGGAAAAGUUAGAAUCCAAUCAGAAAGAGCUACAAGAAGCUCAGGAACUUGCAGCUACACAGCCGGGCAGUAUAAGUGAACAUAAACUACAAGAGCUAACUGAACAAAGAAAACUGUUGACUAAAGAGCUAGAAGAAACUUUGUAUGAUAUUAGAAAAGCAGAACAGUAUGCUUCAGGAAGAGCUCUAACUGGAAGGCCUGCUGAAAAGGAAUUACAUGAUCUGUCAGUGAAGAAGCACAUUUUAGAGGAAAAGCUGGAAUACAAUCGGAAAGAGCUGGAAGAAGCUCGAAAUCUUGCAGCUUCCCAUCCAGGCAGUAUUAGUGAGCACAAACUACAAGAACUUGAGGAGCAAGGAAGAGCUUUGGCUGCAGAUUUACAGGCAACUAUGCAACAUAUACAAAAAGUACAUAGUGUUUCAGAAAGAACUCAGCUGGAACUUGCAGAAAGGGCAUUAUAUGAGCUAUCUGAGAAAAAACAUCUUUUACAGUCAUAUUUAGAAUCCAACUUGAAAGCCAUACAGGAAGCUCAGGCUCUUGCAGCUAUACAACCUGACAGUGUCAGUGAACAUAAACUUCAGGAGCUCUUUGAGGAAAGAAGACGAUUGACUGCAGAUCUAAAGGCAGCUGAGCAAGACUUACGUGAGGCAGAACAUCGUGCUUUAGACAGGGCUCUAAUUGAACAACCUACCGACAGUGAAUUAUAUGACCUGUUUGAGAAGAAGAAUCUGUUGCAAGCAAAUCUGGAUUCCAAUUGGAAAGAGCUACAGGAAGCUCAGAGUCUUGCAGCAACCCAGCCAGGCAGUGUGAAUGAACAGAGGCUGCAGAAACUCAAUGAGGAGAGAAGAUAUUUAGCUGAAGAUCUACAGAAAACUGUCCGUGAUAUAGUACAGCGUUCUUUUUCAAUAAAAGGUCUAACUGGAAAACCUGUUGAAACAGAAUUAUAUGAACUAUCAGAGAGGAAACAACAGUUACUGGAAAAAUUGAAAGGACUACAGGAACUUCAGGCUAUUGCAGCGACUCAACCGGGCAUUGCUGGUGAGGAAAAACGAAAACAGCUGGCUGAACAAAGAAGACAUUUGGCUGCAGAUUUAGAGGCAACUGUGCAUGAUAUGCAAAAAGCACAACAUAUUUCAGAGACACCUCUAAUGCUAAGACCCAGUGAAAUGAAAUUGUAUGAACUAUCUGAGAAGAAGCGCCUGUUAUUGGAAAGUUUGGCAUCUAAUAGGAAAGAGCUACAGGAAGCUCAGGCUCUUGCAGAUGCCCAGCCAGGCAGUAUCAGUGAUCAUAGGCUACAGACACUAACUGAGCAAAGAAGACAAUUGACUCAGGAUCUGAAAGCUACUGUGCAUGAUAUACAAGAAAUACAACAUCGUGCUUCACAGAGAGCUUUGACUGGAAGAUCCACUGAUCUGUUAGCAGAAAGAGAGUUAUUUGAACUGUCUGAGAAGAAACAACUACUGAUGGAAAGUUUGCAGGCUAAGCAGAAGGAGUUACAAGAAGCUGAAACUCUUGAAACUUCCCAGCCAGGCAGUAUCAGUGAACUAAAAAUACAGGAGCUCAAAGAGCAAAAAACACGAUUGACAGCAGCUCUGGAGGCAACUAUACAUGAUAUACGAGGAAUACAGCAUCGUAUUUCACGUAGAGUUCUCCUUGGAGAACCUGGUGGAUGGGACUUGUAUAAACUAAGCCAAUGGAAGCAACUUUUGCUGGAACAUUUGGAAUCUCACCUGAAAGAAACUCAUGCUCUUGCAACUACUGAACCAGAUGAGAAAAAAAUACAAGAAUUAAAUGAGCAAAGAAAGAUUUUGAUUGAAAAUCUGGAGGCUGUUGUGCAAGAUAUACAAGAACUGAAAGCUCACAUUUCUGAGGCCACUAGUACAAUAAAACCCAUUGAUUCAGGCCAGCUUUUGGAGAGAAAAAAGUGGUUGCUAGAAUGUUUGGAGAUGAAUAUGAAAAACCUGCAAGCGGCACAAAGAUUUGCAGCUACCAAUCCAAGCACUAUAAAUGAGCAAAAGGUUCAGGACCUCAUUGACGAAAGAAGGCUUCUGACUGCAGGUCUCGAAGCAGUUAUCCAAGAUUUACAAGAUAUAGAGAGUCUUCCUCAAGAGGAAGUUGGAAAAAAGACCAGAGAAAAGAUUUUGGAAGAAUUAUCUGAAAAAAAGAGAAUAUUUUUGCAAAAUCUGGCAUCAAAUUUGAAAGAUCUGAAAGAAGCACAGGCUCUUGCAGCAGCCCAGCCAGACGGUAUCAGUGAGCAAAAAGUACAGGAACUCACUGAACAAAGAAGACUUUUGGCUGUUGGUUUAGAGGCAAUUGUGCGAGAAAUACAAGGUCUUGUUUCAGGCAAGGUGGAAAUUUUGCAACCCAGUGAAAGGGAAUUAGCCAAGUUAUCUGAGAAGAGAAUAGUAUUUUUUGAAAAUAUGGAAUUAAAUCUGGAAGAAAUGAAAGAUUUGCAGGCGCUGGAACGUUCUGGAUUGCAUGGUAUGAAUGAACAGAAAAUGCAACAACUGGCUGAAAAGAGAGCACUUUUGGCAGCAAACUUUGAAUCAUUUCUUGAAGAUAUGCAAGAAGCACAGGAUGUUGACUCAGACCAUAUUGUCAUGACAAGACCUGAUGAGAGAAAAGUUAAUGAUCUGAUAGAACUUUCAAGACUAGAAACAAAACUGGAUGAAUUGGAAGAAGUAGAGGCUCUUUCACAUCACCAAUUUAAUAAUAUAAGAUCAAAAAUACAUAAACUAAAACAGCAAAAGAGGAACUUAAUUGAUAAAUGGGAAGUCCCUCCUCUAGAUGGCUAUCCAGAAGCAUAUGUAAUAGAUAAGAAAGAUAAAGAAAAAGCAGUGAAAGAGUUCCUUGAACAAAGAAAGGGUUUGUUUACUUAUCUGCAAUCAAGUAUCAGGGAUCUACAACAAAAAGGCAUUAUUCAACAAGGCAGCGUGCCUGAGGACAUUACUGAAGAUAUAUCAGAGGAGGGAGAUGUUUUAGAUCUUAUGGUAGUUCCAAUAGAUCUUUUGCAAUCAGAAGCUGCUCCUUUUGGCACGAAAUAUGGACAGAUCGAUGAGAAAACUGCAAAACGAAAGGCUUUAGCUGCCAAACUAGAAGCAAAUAUAAAAGAUUUUCAAGCUGGUUUUGAAGCAGAGAAAAUAGAAAAAACGAGACAUGCUGGCCCCAGAGAGUUUUCAGAAACACCAGGCAGACCCAGAAUUAUUAUAACUGCGCAAUCAUCAGAUCAGCAACAAAUAAAACCAUCACACUCAGGGCUGCAAAUACAAAUAAGUAAAGCACCAGUAAUUAGAAGACUCAAGUCUGAUCGUACACCACAAAAAAGAACAGUAGUCCAGGACCAACAGGACGAUGCUGUCUUGCCCAGAAUACCAAAGCCUGAUUAUACAGAUAUCAAAACACCAGAAAUAGAAUUGGAUGCUGCAGUCCAGGACCAACAAGACAAAAGUAUAUACAAGGAAAUAGAGAGUACAUCCAGAAGGCAACAACCACUGACUUUGCCGCUGCUUAGUCCUUCAGGGGUUGACGUCAGACAUCCUGUGGAUGAUGCACUGCAAGAAAUACUAAAUUAUAACAAGAGUCUGCUUCCUAGCCAUAAGGCGAAUCUGCAAAAAGCACUGCAAAUUGCACAGCAACAAUUACAACAGCAGCAAGCAAGCAUGCUGGCUGAAAAGUUAAGGAAUAUCUCAGCGUUUUUCCCCCAACCACCUGGCACAACUAGAUUCCAUGAUUAUUCCUUACAGCCCUCACAGCCAGGAUGGGAGUCAAAUCAGUUACCACAGAAAGGCUAUGCUCACAAACUGAAAAUGUUAAAAAGAAAGAUUUUAGGGCCAGAGCUGAAAGCAUUAUGGCAAGCUCCUCCACCCACUCAAGGCCCAGGUACUGCAGCCAAUCUGGAUCAAGAAGCAGAUCCAGAUAAGAAGACUUCAAGGAAAGAUCUCACUAAAAUCUAGAAAAAAACAAGACACAGAAAAGCACAGAUGUUAUAUAUUGUGCUCUUCUGAGGAGAAGAGAAAGUGUAGAUCCAUCUCACCCAAUGCCCUUCCAAGCCAAAAAACAAGAAAAAAGAGGAAAUGUUUUACACAGCUUGCUUGGGUUUUCUAAGGCUGUUUUUAAUUACUCUUUCAUGUUUCCUUCCACUGACUCAAAGAAGAAAUAGUUAUGCUCCAGGAAUACAGUAGACUUGCUGCUAGUUUGAGGGCAUAGCAAUGGCAAGGCUCUGCAUCCGGAGGAUCACAAUCCUCCCAAGCAGCCUCCUGAAACACCAUUGGAACUCUUAUUUUUUUAGUUCUUCUGACAUCAGAUUUCUAAUGUCAGUGAAACAAGGUGUGUGAUGUUUUCUACAAUAGGGGUUGAUGUCUUCAAGGCCCUCUUCAGCUUCACAAAAGGUCCAAAACAUCCAAGCUCUGACACACGAUUUCAAAGGCCACAAUAUUGGUGCCUUAAAGAAGUUUAUAACCUGCCUAUAGUGGCAAAAAUCCCCAAGGUAAGCACCCUGACACUGCAGUAGCUUCCAGCAAUAAUAAUCCAACUGUAUGCAUGCUGAUUUUUACCCUUUAUAUAAAA